AUGACCGCAGAAGCAUCGCGAAAACAGGCCACAGCGGCCGUGAACAGCGUUAUGUCGCAAUUACUGCCUGGAUGCUCGAAGAUCAACGACGACCGUUCUGGCAAACACAUGCGCAGUAAGAAAGCGAACAAGGGCUCUAAGGCGCAGUUGAUCAGUCGCGAUCUGAAGCUGGCCGCCAGAGUACGAGAUCGGGACGCUCACGGUAUCAAAAAGAAAGAGCACCAAACUCGCAGGAAACAGAUCAAGGCCAAACUGGCGCUAGAAGACCAACUAGAUCAAAGGGCCAAACUGCAGAUUCUGAAGAAACAUCACGAAGAAGGAACGCUCACCAACAAGGAACGCAAAUAUCUCAACAAAGUCAUCGGGAGAAACGUGCGAGACCUUAAGAGCUGGGACAUGGAAGACGAGGCCGACCUGCAAGAUUUGCAGGACUCGAUUCUUGAAAAUAGCGGACUCGGCAAGCAGAGCCGCCGGACUAAGAAGGGCAGAAAAGAUUUUAAAGAAGGUCCAUCUUCUAAGGCUCACACUUCUGAUCACCGUUACGCCGGAUUGACACCAGGUCUGGCGCCCGUGGGACUCAGUGACGAAGAAGACUCUGACGUAGAGUGA